UGAAAUCUCGUUCUGUGCUGCCCAACCAGUAUUUUGUGCUACACCCAUUGACAUGGGUGGCCUUGGACUGGAUACUCCAGCCAUUGACACUCUUUGGCGGAAAUAUGGUAUGUUAGUUCAUGGUUUAUGUUGCGAUCGGUGUCAGAUCUGCCCUCCCAUGUGAGUAGAUAUAUCAAAAGAUAAUGUACAAUGGUCUGGAAAUGUCUUCCAUUGCAAACCUUGGCAAUAGAAACUUUCAUGUAUGGGGGUCCCCGGUCCAGUGAUCUCUAAGUUAUUAGAAGUGCUCCAAGUCCGGUGGUCCCAAGAUACUGCAACGAGCGAUCUGAGAAUAGCCUCGGCGUACCUGGACCAAGCAUAUAUAUGCGACCUGACUAUACACUCAAUGACAGGGGUUUGUAGCGUGGGCAAUAGAAGAUACAUGGCACGAGUCCGUGUAGUGGCUGUGAGCCAAGGUGCCUGCCAUCCACAUCGUGUGCUCAUUGCCGUGUUCUCAGCUAUCGCAACCGCGACGAUGCUACCAACUUCUAGUGCUUUGCAUCGUCUCAAAGCAGCUUCAUUUUGCUGCACUCACCGUCUACUUCGAUCGGUUCGCCGGCGUCAACGCCCUACGAACGCACCCGCCAGUAUCUGCCAGCCAACCAUAGCUGCAUUACGCGGGCUUUUGUUGGCACUCUGGGUGAAGAAAUGUAAUUCCGUCUGCUGUACGGUCAACAGUUAUCCCCAACUCAGGUUUCUUACACGCUUCAUCUCAAAGUUGGAGCCGUUUCGCAACCUUCACUUACGCUUCGGGCGUGGCAUGGAGCCAUACUCGAGACAUGUCAUAUUUGGGCUCAUAGAUCUAAUGAUUGUCAUCAAGAAACAGGGAUGCGAAGACAUGCUCAUAACUGGGGGGCACACAGACAGAGCAUGGGUUCCAGGAGUAACAGAUCUAACUCGCGCUUUACGCUUGGAAGGCGUGGUCAGCACCGUGGAUACUGUUGCCAGAUUUUGCAGGAAAUUGUUUCGUCGUUACAAUCGUGACGAGAAUUACUGGAUCACAAUAACGCCUUCCCUCACAACAUUGAAGACAGUCAACCUUUCAACAGACUACUUCUUCGCACCAUUUAUGAGCACAUGGACCAUUCGGACACUCAAUGAUUCUAUCAUCACUUCAUUAACACUUGACCUUCGCUUUCGCAAUGCGCCAAAGUGGGCCCAUAUCCUAUCAAUGCUCCGCCUUCGCCACCUUCGAGAAUUUGUUAUUUCCUCCAAUUCAUUGUCGCUUCAAUGUUUGACACAGUUUCUACGACGUCAUAACGGGCUCACCUCACUGACCACGAAAGGCCUCUCCUUGGAGGACAAUGAGACACAGAACAAAUCGGUCCUCACCCUCAAUGCCCUCCCCAGACUUAGGACACUUGUGGGAUUGCCGAAUGACAUCGGGCACAUCCUUCGUCUUCAGCCUAGCUUCAAAGUCCUGAAACAUAUAAAUAUCAGCGACCCUGAUGCGGAUGGUUACAUCUCAUCCUUGAACGACUGUCUCGACGCGAUGGUAGCCAGAGACAAAAUUUACGUAACCUCAAUAGCAAUCAAGACGGAACAUAUGUCUUGGCUGCUGUCACAAAGCAGCGCAGAUUCGGAGAGGGCGAUGCCGCCCAUUGCAUCCCUCACGAUUGUUUGGAAGGGCCAAAAUGAAGAGUUACCCUCGUCUAGUUUCACUGCCGCAUUAGCUGGGUGGGUAGCAUUGUUCCCGACACUGGAACAUAUCCAUUGGGGAGUAAAGCGAGACCUCGAGGGAUCACAAGCUGAAAGAAACAUCGCCAUUGCCAUCAUCAAUCGUUGCCCUCGUCUCAAGACCUUGGAAUUGCUGAGAGAUCCCCCAAUUCGUAAGAGGGAACCCCCUUCAGUUGACGUGUGGCUUAGGGACGAUCCCUUGUCGAUUCAACAAUUGGCAUGGUCUCAUGACAUUCAAUAUAGUGUUACCUCUUGUUCUUGUCGUGAUAAAGCUCGAGGAUAGCCGAUACUGAUAUCACUAGCACUGC